AUGUCUCAAAGUGUUGGUAUCUUUUGCCCUCUUCCUCGUAGCAGCCUAGGAGAGAGCUGGCAUGGCAUUAUGGAAACUUUACAGAACGCGGACUAUAUUUCAAACGUCAAAGCGUCGCAAGCAUCCACCAACCUGCGGAUAAGCACACCCAUGACACACAGUCAAUCCGUGUCAGUGAUGAGCUCUGCUGAACAGGAGAAAACGGCUCGUCACCCCCUUAUGAAUAUUCAGUGUCACCUUGACGAUAACAAUCGUUACGGUGACCUGCGUAACUUGACACUGUUGCUUACUCUCAUUCCAUGUGCGACAGACGGGCUGGAUCCAUCUUCUCAGAGCAUCGAGUACAAGCGAUUACUAAUUCCAGAUAUAACGGACCUUUGGAAUAUCGGAGCUACUGUUGGGCGUGUAGGCACACGAAGGCGCUGGGGCAUCAUUGAACGUGCCGCCGACCACAUCCGACAGAUCACAUUUGCGGAGUUGGAACUCGAGGCUGAUGUUAGGACGGACGAUGCUGUUCAUGCUAGUGGCUCCGACUGA